AAGAAACUGCUCUUUCUUGAUCUCUGAACAAGCCAAGAAACACUAGGGGAUAGAAAUGGCUGUUGCAUCGGUGGACUUUUUUAUAGAUAACCUGAAGCAGCUAUUGGAAGACAACAAAGAUCAUAUUCCUGGAUUAAAGGAUGAUACUGAUUCUCUGCUUGUUGACCUUAAGAGUUUGAAGGCCUUUCUCAAGCAAGCUGCAAAAAGCCGCAGCGAAAACGAAAUUGUGAAAGACAUGGUAAAACAGAUGAGAAUAACUAUCAACGAAGCCGAAGAUUGCAUUGAGAAAUUUGUGAUCGAUACUAAGUUACAUCAGAACAAAAUGAUAACAAAGCUUUUCGACACAUCCAGUGCUAAAAGAACUAGAGAGGCUGCAACUGAAAUCAGAUCAAUCAAGGAGAAAUUGAGAGAUAUUCGUCGAAACAGUGCCUAUGGCUUUCAGACCUUUCAACUCGACGAACCUCACAGCAGAUACCGGCUGCAGGAAACUCAUGUAAUGGUUGAAGAUGAUGUGGUGGGCUUUGACGAGGAGGCACAAACAAUAGUGAACCGUCUUCUUCAGAAAUCAGGUGACCUGGAGGUUAUCCCAGUGGCUGGCAUGCUUGGUCUUGGAAAAACAACCCUAGCACAUAAGAUAUUCUGGGAUACCAUGGUUCGACAAGAGUUCAAGGAAUUCAUCUGGAUUGCUGUUUCUCAAAGGUUCGACAGAAGGAAGGUGCUUCUGAAUAUCAUCAGCAUAUUAGACCGUGAUGCCGGACAAUAUCAGGAUAUGGCUGAUGAUGAACUAGCUGAUAAGAUUCGUCAGGUUUUAAUUGAAAAAAGAUACUUGAUUGUCCUAGAUGAUGUAUGGGCGAGCGAAGCCUUGAAAGAGAUCAUUUCUGUUUUACCCAAAAACAGCUACGGUAGUAAAGUCUUGUUGACCACCCGAGAUACAAAUGUGGCUAAUACGUGCAAUGAACAGCCUCAUCAUUUAAAGUUUUUAUCUGAUGAUGAAUGUUGGCAGCUACUACAGAAGAAGAUUUCUCGCAAAUGCCCCCCGGAAUCGGAACCUCUUGGUAAGGACAUAGCUAAAAGAUGUAAUGGACUACCACUUACGGUUGUGUUAAUUUCAGGAAUACUAAAUAGGACAGGAAGGACAAGAAAUGACUACGAACGAGUUCUUCAAAGUCUGAGUGAAGGCUUCAUUCUUAAAGAACUUGAGAUAUGCAAGAACUUGAUUCGGACAAGUUAUGAUACUUUGCCUUUGAACUUGAAACUCUGUUUCUUGUAUUGUGGUGCUUUUCCUUUAGGCUUUGAAAUCCCUACAUGGAAGUUACUCCGAUUAUGGAUCUCCGAAGGAUUCAUUCAAAAUCGAAUGACAUCAACACUGGAAAUUGUAGCUGCGGAGCACUUGAAAGAACUUGUGGACAAGAACUUUCUGAUUGUAACAAAAAAGACCUCCGAUGGACAAAUCAAAACAUGUUGUGUUCAUGACAUGUUGCAUGAGUUCUGUAGGCAAGAAGCUAGUGAGGAGAAUCUUUUCCAAGUAAUAAAACUAGGCAUCGAGCAAUCUUUCCCUAGAAACCAGGAAUUAGCCACCUAUCGUCGCCUUUGCAUUUGUUCCUCCAUGAUGGAAUUUCUUUCUGCGAAACCACUUAGUGAAUACCUUCGGUCAUUCUUAUGUUUUUCCUUAUCCAAAUCCGAUGAGGAAAUUACCCGAUCCGAGGCCGCAAAUAUCCCAAAAGCAUUUCCAUUACUCAGGGUGCUUGAUGUUGAGUCCAUCAAAUUCAAUGAUGUCAGCCCCAAGUUUUCUCAGCUAUUUCAUUUGAGGUACCUUGCUUUCUCAAUUGGCUCAACAAAUAUCCUUCCUAAAAUUAUAGGGGACCUCUGGAAUCUACAAACUCUUAUAGUUAUGACGACAGAGGGAAAAACUCUCAACAUAGAAGUAGACAUAUUGAACAUGCCACAGCUAAGGCAUUUUCACACAAAUGCCUCAGCUAAAUUGCAUCUCCCUACUGACCCGAAAAAAGAAAUUUUCUGUACUUUACAAACCCUUUCUACAAUAGAACCUGAAAGUUGCAAAGAGCAUGUAUUUGCAAGGUCACAGAAGCUGACAAAGCUAGGUAUUCGUGGGAAAAUAGCAGUGUUUUCCCAAAACAUCACGGCUGAGACAUCCUCCAAAGUUCCAUCCUCCAAAUUUAAUGAUCAGUUAAAAUGCCUUGAAAAUUUGAAGCUACGAAAUGAUGAUCCCCCAGUAGACGGGAUGUGCCUUCCUCCAAAUUUGUUCCCCGCGACAUUAAAGAAGCUAACUUUAUCAGUUACCUGGUUGAAGUGGGCUGAUAUGUGUAUACUUGAGGACUUGCCAGCCCUAGAAGUCCUUAAGCUGAAACAACAUGCGUUUAAGGGGAAUUCUUGGGAGUCAAAGAAAGAUGGUUUUCCUUGUCUUAAGGUCUUGUUGAUUGAAACGACAGACCUAGUUACCUGGAAAGCUUCCGAUGAUGUCUUUCCAAGUUUAGAGAGGCUUGUUCUUAAAGACUGUAAGUUUCUCGAGGAAGUUCCUCUCAAACUUGCUGCAAUAUACAGCUUGCAAGAGUUGAAACUGGAGAACACAACCAGCAAAGCUGCUAAAUGUGCCCGGGAAAUACAGGUCCACAGUAAAACUGCUUUCAAGCUCUCCAUCAUACCUCCGAUUUCUGAUUCCAACUAGUCAGACCGCUUCCUUCACACCUCUACUCAAGGUUUUGUACUGGUAAGGUUGUGUUUUGAGGUCUCCAUAUACAAUUGUGUUGCAUCUACAUCAUCGAUAUAUUCUGGAGCCUUGUUUCGCGCUGUUAGUGCAGUUUGCUAUUCUUCUACAAUGCCAUGGUGUGGACCUGGUUUUGCCACUAUGCAUUGAUGUGUUGCAUCUAUCUCGCCAAUGUAAUCUGGAGCCUUGUAUUGUUUUUAUUGAGAUUCAGGCGCUGCUAUGAUUUUUCCCUUUUCGAGCUUGUAUGGAACAACCUUGUCUGUAUAAUUAGUGUGGGGUGGUGACUGUGUGUUCAUCACUCUGCUUGGAAACCCAAAUUUUAUUAUCCAUUGCUUACUUUGGAAAUGAUUAGAGAGAUUCUGUUGUCUCCUUUUUA